CACAGCGAUAUCACAGCGAUACCGUGGCGUUUGUUGUGAAGUUUCUGAGAGGAAAACCAUCGUGUGUUGCGUCUGACUUUAGCGGCAGCUCGGAGGAAGGAGGGACGGACGGUCGUAAAGGGAAUGUGACGCUCUCUGCAGCAGAGCAGCCGCCAGACAAUUACAGCAGCGACGUAGCUGAGGAAGAGAGGGAGAGAGAGAGGGAGACAGAGAGAGGGGAGAGAGAGGGAGGCAACCGAAACUAAUCAACGGGGCCGUCCAGCACCUGAACCAUCCAUCGCCUUUAUGAGUCAAGGCGAUCAAUCAGGCUGCCGUUAACCUUCGAAAGAAAGACGCGUGGACAUAUAAGUCAUAGUCAGCUUUUUUUCUUUUUUCUUUUUACUUACUACCGGUGACAACAUGGCUGAAUGUAACGUUAGCAUCGACCAGAAAAAACUCCCUGGAGUCAAAGAGGUGUGUCGGGAUUUUGCUGUGCUUGAAGAUCACUGUCUGGCCUAUAACCUCCAGGAACAAGAAAUUGAGAGCCACUUGGCAUCCAACGUCCAUAAGAGCCGCCUGGUCCAGAACGACCUCCAGGUGGCAAAGAAACUUCAGGAGGAAGAGGACAAGAGGGCCAAGAUCCAGAUCCAGAAACAGAACACUGACAUUGAGCGCCAAGAUAAUGAGAUCGCUCAGGAGAUUCAGGAAGAACUGGCUCGACAGGCAGAGCGGCAACGACAGCAGGAAGAAGAGGAUGCGGCCAUCGCUCGUAAGCUGCAGGAGAAGGAGAUGAAGGAGGAAAGGAGGAGACAGAAAACCUCUGAGAUCAACCUGGAGGAGGAGUUCUUCGAGGACCGUGGAGCUGCCAGAAGACCUCUUGACCUGGACAAACCCGCCCACCACAGCUCUACUUCUCCCGCCCGUUACGACACCCAUGCCUCGGCGAACUCGCGUCGUGAUUUCUCCCCAGAUUGUAGCUCCACGGAGCCCAAACGGAGCAGAAACCCCAGACAGGACCCAGCUGCCCCCCACAGUCGCUCUAGAUACCCUGACCACUACUCAGGGGCGGAGGGAGGGCGCAGCAGGCACGCAGAUCCCUACCCAGAGCACCUACUGCCCUCUAGAGGCAGGCAUGGUGACAGGUUACUUGAUUACGAACCGACUGAUGCUGGCAGGAGCAGGGCCCACGGAGGAGAGGACAGAGACCGAGAUGUGAGGAGAAAGGAGAGGCCAGACAGACCUCCUCCACCUCAUACUCCCAAAGAGAGGGACAGAGACAGACGACAAGACAGAGACAGAGACAGGGCCAGAGACCUGGAGUGGGAGAGACAUGCGGUAAAAGAGCAGAGGAGGGACAGGGGGCAGGAGGGCAGAUGGGGGAGAGUGAGAGGAGGAAAGGAGGAACAGUCCAGGGAGAGAGUCCACAGUAUGGAGAGACAGGGGGACAGAGAUCGGCAGAGACAGAAGGACAGAGACAGACGAGGACGGACCAGGAGCAGAGACAGAGUCCUUGACGAGGAUUUCUCAGAGCACGGUCUCAUCAGGGACUCGUCGACGGACGCCAGGGCACCGUGGCGGGAGGAAGAGGAUGUUGACGAGAAAGAAAGGAGAGAAAGGGGUCGGCAUCGAGUCCAGUCUGUCCCUGAAGACGUUUUUGACGAACUCAUGAGUGAUGAGAGGAAGGGGGACACCAGAGGAUUCUCGGAUCCUCAGCAGGGGGAGGGUCGCAGCAGAGAGCGGGUUUAUACUCACCCCACCAGUGAGACAGGUCGUCUCCUGCACAGAGGCAUCGGUGCGGUGGUGCCAGAGACGGAAUACGAGCUGAACGAGGCCACUAGGGGGCUCACCAAGCUGGAUCUCCGUGAGCAGGAGUUCAAAGACAUGGAGGUGGCCAGGAAGCUGCAGGAGGAGGAGAUGAAGGCGAGCAACGUCCACGUGCGUGCGGUCCAAGUGGCACAGGACGAGGAAAUAGCCCGACUGUUGAUGGAACAGGAAAAACGAGAAUACAAGAGGAAUCGAGAGCGGGAGAAAGAGAAGGAGCGAGAGAAGGAGAGGGUGGCCAUCGAGAGGAUGGCGAUGGAGAGGCGGCGGCCGGACGGAGACUACAGGCCAAAUCCAGAGGAAGUGGUCCGACCACGGACACGUGAUGAACUUGAAUACCAGAGGCAGAAGAACCAAAACAAGCCUUCCAGGCCUCAGCAGCCGCGUGUGCACAACUAUGAGAAUGUAAACCCUGGCUAUGCCUACCCGGACCACCCGGCCCCCCAGCGCCCUCCCUCCAGACCUGAGGCUGCCUGCAGAGGUGCCUAUUACAAACGGUGACUCAGGUUUUCUGCCAUGUCCAGACUUACUGUCCACCUUUGGUUCUUUUCUUUUCUUUUUUUUUUUUAAGUAUAUUAUUUAUCUUUUUAUGCCCUGUUGGCCAAAAGUAUUGGGAAACCUCCUGAGUUUGCGACGGUGUCUCUGUAGAGUCGUCCUCAGUCAGGUCAGAGGUCAGAGGUCAGGAUCAGUGAAUCUCACUUUAUGUUUCUUUCCUUGUUAUUCCUUUAAAUCCUCUACAAUGAAUCAGUAUCAGAAGAGUCCAAACGCAGCUUCCUGAGAAUCGAAAGUCAUUAUGACCGGGGCUCGGAGCCUCUGCUGGAGAGAAGGUGACGUCACCGUCACCGUGUCACGGUGUCUGAGCGACAACGCGCUUUUGCGUCACUCUGUGUGACAAAUUGGCUUUUCCACGUUGGCCUCGGCGCGUGACCCUAAAGAUCUGUUUAUGACCUUUGCUGUAGUGAAUCAAUACAAAUAAUAAUAAUAGAAAAAAAAAGGUUUUUAAUCAAAAUGCUGGUAGUUUUGACAGAUCAAUUGUCUCACUUAAGCUGAAGUCAGUUUAACGAUACUCUGUGUAUGACUCACUGUUUCUAUGUGCAUGCUUACUGAACGUCUAUGUACACGCAGCUUCAGGUCCAGUCUUCAAGCUUCUCAGAUUAUUGGGGUUUUUUUUUUUCAGAAAGGGCUAAAGCCACAAAAGCUAAUCAUGUGUUUUUGAAGGACAAAAUAUGUGCUCGGUCAUAUAUUGCUGAUUUGUGUAUAUAAAUAUAUAUAUAUAUAUAAAUAUAUAUAUAUCAUUUUCAUAUCAGAUUAUCGUUUGUAAACCAAGCCAGAGAUGAGAUGCAUGUUCACCGCUCGUCUGUGCCAAAACCUGAAUCCCUGCUCGAGCUCUUAAGGCAUAGAUUUUGUGCAAUGAAAAUAUCUGCUUACGUUAUAUUUAAGUAAAAAUAUGAUUUUCUUUUUGCUUUGUCUUUUUUUAUUAUUAUUUUAAAUAUUUUUUAAUAAAUUUGUGUUGCCAAAUCAUCGUGGUUUGAUUGGAGAACGUUGAAAGAUUCUUCCUGAUUCAUUCCUGAUUGUUGUUGUUCAGAGAAACAUUCCUCAUUUUCUACAGUUUUGAUUUCUUCAUCCCAACCCUGUCGUCUGAUCUUAUUCACCAACUCUCAGGCCGACAUCACUUCCUGUCUGCAGAACAAACAGACCAACAAUAGAAGUGGACGGAGGAGAAUUCCUCCACUGUACAUGAGGUUCAUUAACUGCUCCAGAAUGAUUGUCUGUCAGUGAUUUCUUCUAAAAGCACAUUUAGUCAUAAAGUUAGAAAAAUGAUUCUCACCGUGAACAGGUGAACUGACGUCACGGCUGUUUCUGUGUCUGAUGUUGUGACAGAUGUUGGAAAUGUAAAUUUGUCUCUCAAGUGUCGUGUGGCUAAUGUGGCUAACGUGGCUAACGUGGCUAAUGUGGCUGAUCUUCCUGAGGAUGUUUUCACUGAUCUGUGCCGCUGGAACUGAAGUGACUGUUGUUGAAAAUGCUGUUCCCACAGUUCUGUUUCAGGGCCACACCUUCCUGUGUGGGACUCAUGUGAUUCACUGUUUGGUGUGAGCACCACCUUGUGGCCGUGUUAAGAGUGUAAAAACAGAAACGUGUGUUGACUUAUUCCUGGCUGUUGUGCGUGAGACUGGAUCGACAUCAUAUCCUGGCUGUUGUGCGUGAGACUGGAUCAACAUCAUACAGUGUUGUUGUUGGGUUUUUUUUGUUUUUUUUUAAUGUAUGCAAUACCGUCUGCCAAUCACGGAUCGACACGUGUCCUUUAUGUUGGUGUUGACUGUGAGAGAAUAACAAACAUGUCAGAAAUAACUCUUCAGCAUUUUUACUGUUGGACUCUGAGCAGAGUUUACCUUUGAUUUUAUUUUUUUAUUGAAAACUUAUUUUGAUACAGUCGCAGACCAACAUCACCGCACGAUGAGGAGGUUAAUAAUAAGAUUCAACAGUUUUCCUUCAUGGGCCUUUGACCUUGGCAGCCCUCCUGAUUUUAUUUUAUUUUUAUUUUUUUAUGUAUUCAGGUCUGGAUAUUUUUGCACAGCAGUUAGCGACAUAUAUUUUGGUCGUAUGAUAAUGGCUCUUUACCUGUUUCAAGUAAAACUUAAGAUUGUUGUCUUGAUGGAAAAUAAAAGUCCAGUUUUUCUGUCGA